GCAUCUUGAUGUUCAUUCGUGCUCCUAUUUUUUGAGAUAUUACUACAUGGCAUUUUGGUCUAUAAAUUCAGCAUUUCAGACUUCAGAGGCCAGGCUCAAGAAAAGCUCAAGUUUCUUAUUGGGUCAAGACUUUUGGGCCGGGCCACUCCCAUAUUGUUGCCUGACCCACCAGACCCGUCGUCCGGUCCUUAAAAAAGAAAAAUAAAAAACAACAGAAUGCACCACACCACGAAAUAAAAAGGAGCACGUCUUUCCGACGGAGGCCAUUUCAAAAUUUUGAUAUCGCCCUCGGAGCCGGAGCAAACAGAGGAGAAGCGUCAGGCCUCGUCUCUCCUCCCCGCUGGCCUCGCCCGCCCGGCCGCCGCUGAAUUCGUUCUGCCCCCGCAUCGCCGCCGCUCUCUCCGCCCCCGCAGGAAGUGCUGGUUCAAAGAGGAAGUGUUCCUAAUACUGGAGUUAUGGGAGAUUCUGUACUAGUUACCUGUGUAAUGCAAGAUGCUGCAGACAUUGCAUUUCAGAUUCAUUGCUUGGAGCGAUCAGCAUAUGCUGCUGUGUUGAGAGCGUUCUGUGCUCAAUCAGACCUCCUCUCAAGGGCCAAAGAAGGAUGUCUCGCUGAACUGAGAAAUGAGCUUAAAAUAUUGGAGAGUGAACACAGAGAAUGUCUUGGGAGGGCCAGAUCAAAUAAGCAAAUCAACUCUUUGAGUGCUGGCUUGCACUCCAAAGGGAGCACUUGCAAUACUGAAGUUAUGAAGGAUGCAUGUGUAUUACCAGAUGCUGGAGAUACUGUAUUUCAGAUUCAUUGCUUGGAGCGGUCAGCAUAUGCAUCUGUUUUAAGGGCUUUCUGUGCUGUGACAAACCACCUCUCAUGGUUACAGGUCAAGCUUCUAACUAAACUGAGAAAUGAGCUUAGAAUAUCACACAUUGAGCAUAAAGAAGUUCUUGUGAAGGUCAGUUCAAAUGAGAAUAUCAAAUUCUUGAGGAAAUUUAGUUUGGUGACUUUGUCUGUUCUUACAAAGACUGAUCCUUCCUUUGAUGCACAUGCCAUGGUUCAUGAAAAGAAUGGCUCAACUGGACAGGUCUCCACUUCAUCCACAAGUUGCCUCAGUCUGUUGCAGCAGUCACCAAUAUCAGAGCACUCCAUGUCCACCACAAGGGACAUUGGGAAAUCAGAUAUCUCUAAUUGGGCCAAAGAAGGACCUUAUUUUGAACCCCAUGCAGUGGUGUCUGCUAAAAGGUUGAAAUCUGUAAAUGGGCAUGCCCCUUCUGUUCAGUUACCAGUGGCAGUUUCUGUGGCGAUGGUGAAAGGUCGCACCGACGAUACACUUGAUAGUGAGACGAUACCCUGUGAAGUGAAGUCAGGAUGCACAUCUCCCAUUUUUCAAGAAAAGCAUAGCGAACCGAAUGCUAGUCAAGUUCCUUCCUGUGCUGAUCAUGCUAGGCAAGAAUCACGGAAAAGGAAAGCUGAAGUGCCUGGGAUGAGGGUAUCUACAAGUCUGGGUGUUAUGGGCAUAAAGUAUGGGAUUAAGCAUCAGAGGCUCAUGAAUAAGGACUCAGAUUUGGAACAUGGUUCUGAAAUAAUUAACCUUUGCCUAACUGCUAGCCUUCUACACAAGGUUGAAAGACUACUUAGAGAGAAGCCAUAUCCAGCUAAUUUAGAGAAAGCAAAGUUGAUACUCAAAGCCCAAGAAAAGGACCUUUUGGAUGCACUUGUUAAACUUUCUGAAAUAUCAUAUGAUGUGGCUUAUUUCAAUGCUAACGGAGAGCCGGACAACAUCAACACCCACAACGAUGGCAAGGGCAAAGAGGAUGUGCUGCCGAAGCCGACGAAUUCGAGCGACGAGACGCCGCCUGGGACGACGAGCCUGGUAGGCGGCGGAGAAGGAAAUCAUGUCAAGAUCCAGGAUAUUGCUGCAGCGGGGCUAUCCCCCUCAUCGGCGACCCCCACCGGCGGCACCACCAGCUCGUUCCCGGUCAUCCCGCAGCUCCUGGCACCACCGCCAGUCACGCAGACGCGCCUGCACGCCCCCGCGCCCCCGUCCUCCUCCCCCGGCGCGCUGGGCGAGUCCUCGGGCGGCCUCUCCACUGCGCACCGGCCUCACGCGACGCUGAUGGCCGUGGCGUCACCCCCGGCGCCGCUCAAGAAGCGGUCCAAGACUACGGCGGAGCAGAGGAGCCGGAUGCGGGAGUUCGCAUACCGCGUCGGGUGGAGCUUCCGUAAGGCCGGCGCCGACGCCGUCGACGCCUUCUGCGCCCAGGUCGGCGUCCCCCGGCGCGCCCUCAGGAACUGGAUGGCCAAUAACAGGCACCUCGCCAAGAUUCCACCCCCGUCCCUGCCGUCGCGCCACCGAGACCACCCGCCGGCCGCCACACCACGAUGACUGAGGAUGGCAAGCCUCCUGAACCCGAAGCUGCUGCACCUGCUGAUGACGGCGGCAAGGAAGACGGGAAUGAAGAAGCUUCUGAUGAAGUUACUCAACUAGGAAGGGGCCAUCGGAGCUCGAUUUGAAUGUAAUUGGCGAACAGCUCGCUCGAGAACUCGGACCAACUCUAUUUACACCUGUAAAUAUACAUGGCUAUCCUAUGUAUACUAUCCAGUGCCUUGUGCGUAAACAAGCGGCAUGAGAUUGUGGUACAUGCUUGGACUUCUUCUCA